UGAGCAGCAGAUGCACAUUGCCUUCCAAAUUGCGACAUAUUUAGCUAUCAUGGCUAUCAAGCAUACGCGUUCUGCCAACGGGGAGAUGACAGUGGAAGACUUCAAGGAGUGGCUAAAGAACUUCGACAAAGAUAAGGAUGGACGCAUUAGUAGAGAUGAACUACGUGAUGCCAUCCGUAGCAAAGGAGGGAGGUUCACCACCUGGAAGAGCAGUCGUGGGAUCCGGCAUGCCGACUCGAAUCGCAACGGGUUCAUCGAUGAUGCCGAGAUUGAUAACCUUGUCGCGUUUGCACAGAAACACUUGGGCAUGAAGAUCGUCCCAUAUUAGCUCCUGGACCAGAUAGUUUGAUUGCUAUAUAAACUAGUAUGGUCUUAUCUACCAGUUGGACAGUAUGUUUUAGUUGCAUACUAGUAUUGUGAUCAUAUGUUUUCCACUCCAAACGUGACUUGUGUGGCAUGGUAUUGUGAAAGGCAUUGCAUCAUAUUUGUCAAUGAUUUUUCUUAAUUUUUAUAUAAAAGGGUGCAGAUGGUAGGUGGGAAGAAUAUAUGACUUUGUAUAAUGUAAUUUGCUUUCGUUCU